AGCGCGCACACAGUUUGCGCGUUCACGUGAACGACCCUGACCAACUUCCAGCGGUGAAUCGGCGGUGAAGUUUGCAGAGGAAAAGCCCACACUUGGUCCAUAGUGUUUGAGGGACUUUGGAGCAUUGAGUGACACGGGUCGAAACGGGCACUCAGUCAGCAUGGACGACCUGGAUGCGUUAUUGGCUGACCUGGAAUCGACCACGUCCCACAUUUCAAAGAGACCAGUGUUUUUGCCAGAUGAGACACCCUACUCCAUCCCCACUAGCGGGAAUUAUUACCAGGAUCAAUCAGUUCCACCUCCAGUCCCUCCGCCGCCCACAGCUGAAGCGCUGAAUGGUUCGCUGCAAGACCACUCCGAUCAUUCCUCUCAGCAGUCUUUAGGUUCAGUCCAGAAGAACCCAUGGUCGAGGGACAGUAGCAGCUCUCCGUCUCAUAUCGAGGAAGACCACGUCUACAGCUUUCCAAACAAACAAAAAUCAUCCGACUCGUCAACAGCAGCCAUGACCUCCGCCCUGGGCAGCAACUUGUCGGAACUUGACAGACUGCUUCUGGAGCUUAAUGCGGUUCAACAGAGCUCCCCUUCAUUCCCCACUACAGGUACAUUCAAGGGUUUCCUCUUCAUCAGUUUGUCUACUUCACGAGCACGCGCUGCUGUGGAUGGACACAUCCAACAGGUGCAGCAGGAAUAUGCGUUAUUGGCUGACCUGGAAUCGACCACGUCCCACAUUUCAAAGAGACCAGUGUUUUUGCCAGAUGAGACACCCUACUCCAUCCCCACUAGCGGGAAUUAUUACCAGGAUCAAUCAGUUCCACCUCCAGUCCCUCCGCCGCCCACAGCUGAAGCGCUGAAUGGUUCGCUGCAAGACCACUCCGAUCAUUCCUCUCAGCAGUCUUUAGGUUCAGUCCAGAAGAACCCAUGGUCGAGGGACAGUAGCAGCUCUCCGUCUCAUAUCGAGGAAGACCACGUCUACAGCUUUCCAAACAAACAAAAAUCAUCCGACUCGUCAACAGCAGCCAUGACCUCCGCCCUGGGCAGCAACUUAUCGGAACUUGACAGACUGCUUCUGGAGCUUAAUGCGGUUCAACAGAGCUCCCCUUCAUUCCCCACUACAGAAGAGAGGGCCCCACCGCUACCAUCCACCAGCAUCACCCACUAUGAAAAUGGCAAUGCCCCUGACAUCAGAGUUAGCCCUCCACCUCAGGAGGAGCCCAAGAGGAAUGGAACAAGGCAGGAUGAGCUCCGACCCACAGUGGAGAGUCUUUUGGAUGAGCUGGAGGGUUCAGUGCCUUCGACCAGCCCAUCCCCUCGCCACAGUGAUUUGGACAGCCCCUCUCAACAGCAGACACGGAUUUCGGCUUCAUGUGCCACACGAGAGUUAGAUGAACUGAUGGCCUCUUUGUCUGACUUCAAGAUGGCUCAAGGGAAAGGGGGUGCUCCUGGCGGUCCACAGACGCAGGUCAACAAGCUGGACAACAUGCUCGGGAGCCUGCAGUCGGACCUCAACAAACUGGGUGUGCAAACUGUGGCGAAAGGAGUUUGUGGUGCCUGCUUCAAGCCAAUCGUUGGACAGUUGGUGACUGCCAUGGGGCGCACAUGGCAUCCUGAACACUUUGUGUGCACGCACUGUCAAGAGGAGAUCGGCUCCAGAAACUUUUUUGAGCGGGAAGGGCAGCCUUACUGCGAGAGAGACUACCAUAACCUGUUUUCUCCUCGAUGCCACUACUGCAACGGGCCCAUACUAAAUCAAGUUGUAACUGCGCUGGAUCGAACAUGGCACCCUGAACACUUCUUCUGUGCUCAGUGUGGAUGCUUCUUCGACCCAGACGGGUUUCACGAAAAGGAUGGCAAGGCUUACUGCAGGAAGGAUUACUUUGACAUGUUUGCGCCAAAGUGUGGUGGCUGUGCUCGAGCCAUUGUGGAGAACUACAUCUCAGCACUCAAUUCGCUUUGGCACCCGGAGUGUUUUGUUUGCAGGGAGUGUUUCACGCCAUUUGUCAAUGGAAGUUUCUUUGAGCAUGAUGGGCAACCCUACUGCGAAGUCCACUACCACGAGCGCCGUGGGUCCCUGUGCUCCGGCUGCCAGAAGCCCAUCACGGGUCGCUGUAUCACAGCCAUGUCCAAGAAGUUCCACCCGGAACACUUUGUCUGUGCCUUCUGCCUCAAGCAACUCAACAAGGGCACCUUUAAAGAACAGAACGACAAACCCUACUGCCACGGCUGCUUUGUGAAGCUCUUUAGUUAAAGAGAGAGGCAUCUACAGUACUUGUGGUACUGCCGACAAAAGUGGCCAGAGCAGCCGAGGUAUAAAUACAGUGUAAAUCUAAGGGUGUAACCUUUUGAAAGUGUGUAUGAAUUACAUAACAUGCUUAGGCUAAACUACAUUCACCCUGCCUCGGAUUGAGUGUGUAAACUGUGGUAGAUUUACCCGACAUUUGUGAACAAUGGAAAUCAAGGGUGAAAUAACGGUUGCGUGUUUUGACUUAUGACUUCAGCUUUCUGGGUAUUUUGUUUUUUUUUCCUAUUAUAUUUUCUAGUUUAUUUACUUAUCAGGUUGACAGUAAAAAAGACAGAGGACUAAAAAAAAAAAUCAUAAAAAUUUGGAUUAUUAACAUUCUCGCUGGUUGAGUAUGUCCUUUUUAGGAUUAAAAAAAAAGUUACAAUCAGAGCAGGGAGCAGGUGACUUACUAUUGUGUGAUUACACUUUAACUCAGUGGUCCCCAACCUUUUUUGUGUCACGGACUGGUUGAGACAAGUACAUGCUGUUUGCGGACCGGCAUCCAUUUUUUUUUUCCAUCGCAUUUUAUUUGCCAGUUUUAAAGCACUGUUACUAAUAACAAUGAUACUUGUAGAGUAAUUCAACAUUUUAUUAACAUUCAUUCAUUUCAAACAAUGUUAUUCUACUGCACAACUAAUAGAAUGAA